AUGGUCAUUGGUCACUGGAGCCCAGCUGCCAUUUGUAUUUGCAGUGAGAGAUGGAGCUAUCAUCAAGCAUACAACACAAUUGCUCCUUCUGGUGAACCAGCCAAUCAAAUGGCUCUUUUAACCUCUGUACCAAUCCCGGCUCCUCUGUCCGUAACAACGACUCUUCAGGCACAGAUGCCCCCCCCCAUUUCCUUGUUUACUGGCAUGCCUCCUCCUGCUUCUGGAAGCGCCCUUGCCAACCGUGAGAGUAGCCGACUGCGGAACCUCCCCCAAAACCAACCAUCUGGCACUUCAGUCACCCAUUUUUGGGUACCUAUGAGGUUAUCCAAUUCUUUGAAUUAG